AUGGAGUGCUUAAAAUCAGUGCCUGUAGACAAAUGCUGUCUAGUUGUACAGAUGCCAACGGUUGAAGAGAUGAAGCGUGAAGUUGCUGAUAUUACAUGUGAAAUGCAAUCAGUAUAUAUUGACAAUACAAAAACUUCACAGCUGACCUCAGCAUCAACAGAACAAGUUAGUACUAGUGCAGGGACUGGUAACUUUGAUAAUUUUAAUAAAAAUCAGCCAACCGGUUUUAUUAUUGAAACAAUUCCAGUUCAUUCGAGUGAAAAUUACAAAUCCACUUUCAAUUCGGAGAAAAUGGACUGUGAUACAAAAUUUGGUAGUUUAAAUCAAGACGACAACCAACUGCUUCACAAAUCUUCCGAUUCCAGAUGGUCAGCAGUAGAAGAUGUUGGUGAAAACACAGAGGAAGAGGAUGAAGAUGAGAUGGAUGUGAACGGGUUGAAGAAAGCUAAUAAACAUAGACUGAAUCGAUUUGGCAGUAUGUUAGUAGAUCGAAAAAGAGCGAAUGAACAUCUAAUGUCAAAAUUUACUUCACCAUCGAUAAGCAGUACAUCAACUUGUCCAAGAGAAGAACAAGUUUCAGAAGAAUUUGUAAUCAAUGGAAAGCGUUACAGACAGAUCUACCAAAGACGUGUUGUCUUAGAAAGAAAGACAACGAGAGACGUAUUUUUCCUCCCUGGCAACAAUACAGAAACAGAACAUACGACGCCAAAUAGAAAUCAUUAUGAAUAUACAUCUCCACAUUAUGAUGCACAAGUAUCCUCCAUGACUUCAGAUGAACAGCCAGUCAACAAUUCAAGUAGUUCUCCUAAUGGUUUCAUAAUAAAUCGGCCUGGUCUAGAACUCACAGUCUUACACACACGAAAUGAUGCACAGAAUGACGAACCGUGUCUGUCUCCAGCGAUUGUAGUGAGAUCUGCUACCGGUACAGUUAACAAUUAUAAAUAUACCAGUAGUUCAGCUUGUUCGCAGUGUAAAAAUGCAAACAAUACUCCAUCCAAACUAAACGAUACCACCAGUUCAACUGUUUCAUACAAACCAACAGAAGUUAAGCAGUGCACAACAAUGAACAUUUCAGAUGGCAGUAAAAUUAGUCAAAGAAGUAGAAAUAUAGUUCGUAGUCUGUCCAACUCUCUUAAACGUUCCGUAUCAACUGGAAUUCAGAGAACACGAAGUUUUGUAAAAUCACUACCAGGAAAGUCCAGAGAUAUGGAAUCGAAUAAAUUAGAUAUAUCAACUCGCAAUAAUUUUUCUAAACUGGAUGAAGACAAUGAAGACAACAACAACAAAAAUGAAGAGAUUAGUGAACAUCGAUCAAAACAAAUUAUGGGUUAUAUGUAUAAAUUCGGUGUAUGGGAUGAUCAGCAGCCAGUCUUGGAUCCUCGUCUGCCUGUAUUCUUUGAUCCAUCUGCUAAGAACGGUUCACACUUGAAUGGAACUGUUAUUCCUACAGCACCUGAGUGGCAUCAUGCAGAAGUUGGCUUAGAGAAUGUGGAAAAAUUUCAAGGUGCUUCUGUUAGAAGUCGUACAGUCGCUUGUCUGCAGCGUUUUACCCAACAUAGUUCAGCUAGUGGCAGAGCAUUGCAUCGCAGUACAUAUGUACAACAGACAAGAUUAGUCCGACAGUUGAAUAGAAGUGGUGAAAGAAAGAAGGAUGAUGCUCAAAGUGAAUCUGAGGACGGAAACAAGGUGAACGAGCAAGAGGAACGAGUUUCAAACACAACUCCAACACAUCUCUUUGUGGGUCCAGGUGUAUUCGAUAGCAAUCAACUACCCAAGUAUGACAUACAGUCUGAGGAUUGCGUUCAUCCUACUCUUGAAGACAAUUCAGCAAAAUUUAUUAAGUGUUCAAAUGACCGCCUCCAAUUACUUCAGUCUCUUUGUCCAUCCGCAGCAGCUGCAACAAUUCUCCUCGGUAAACCUGUACAAGAUUUUUAUGAUAAUGAUGAUAUUAAUGAAGAUAACUUAUUCACACCAAACAAUAUUGACAGAACACGUGUCUUGGUGACCGCAAAUGCCUGGUGUCCAGUAUCAUUAAGAACAAAGGAUCCUAAUUCACAACUGUUGUUUAAUUCAGCCCAUAAACAUAAUAAUGGGAAUAUUACUUCGAGGUCAAAUACACCGAAACACUCACCAUCGUCUACAACUCUUCUGGAACCUACUAUUCGGGGUGGAACUUUGGAUGGAUUGCUCAUAUAUGCGUUAAACUUACUUCAGACGCCUAUGUCAACUAGUCAUCCAGAUUAUUUAUUCCCUGAUGUAAUUCGUUUGACUUAUCCAACAUUUACAACUCCAGAAAAGAUAACUGAACGUCUGAUUCAAAUUUAUGUUGCUUCUGCUCCUGUUGAACCUGGUUGUCAGAGUAUAGACUGGAUUGACGCUUUAAAUGCAGCAGAUUACCUUGUAACCAUUGUCAGAGAUAUCCAUCCAAGCCAAUUAUCUGCUACUUUAAUUCUACGCCUCAAUCGGUUUGCACGCCUUCUUAUUUAUGAUAAUCAGUUAGUUUCCAAGGAAUUAAAAAUAUCCGGAGAACAACUACACGAUGAUAAUCAAAUCUCUGAGGAGCCACAUCGUCUUCUAGCAGAUCGUUUGUUAGAAAAUCUACCAAUACUGUCAUCGAAACAAACAUUGACCAACCAUUCGAAUAGUGCUAGCGGUAAGAAUAAAGAAAAUUUUGGUUGUAUUCAUCGAAAAGGUUUGAAUGGAAUAGGCAUCAUGUAUGCAGAAAACGACAUAAUAUCUAAAAAAUCAUUGACAAUCAGUCAUUUAUCAUCUGGACAAGAUAACGGAAAUCUCGUCGAAAUAAACAAUCGAAAUUCUUUACAGUACCCAAGCCUGACAACUGAAAAUGGUAACUUGUAUUUUUCUGAACCUCAGGAAGAGUCGAUACAUAGAGCUCUUGAGUUUCUUGAAUAUGAUGCAAGAUUGAUUGCACAAGAAAUAACUCAAAUGGAAGAGGAAAAGUUUGCCGAAAUCAAUUUUCAUGAAUUACUAGAUAUUCAACACUUAGAGAAAGGUGAGGCACAUAGUCUUGGAAGAUGUGUUGAACACUUCAACAAAAUUACACGCUGGGCUAAGGGAAUGAUAUUUAUACUAGCUCCUAAUCUUGUAGAAAAAUAUGCUACGCUGAAUUCAUAUCAUCAAGAGAAGACAAGUAGUAAAAAAUCACUGUUUGAUAACUUUCGUAGCUGUCAUACAUCAUCAUCUACUUCUUCAAUAUCUGUUCCACAAAUCAAAGAGAAACAUAAACAAAAUAACACACCUUAUGACAGUAGUUCAGUUGUCGAACUAACAAUGACUGAAAAUGCUGAGAAUGAAAAUAUCUCGAAAUCGACUACACUCAGUAAGAAUUUGAUUCUUUUGUCAUAUCAACACAAAGAUAUUUCAGUGAAGAAAAUUGUUUCGCUUAAUAUUAUGCUGUUAAAAAUGUGUGAAGUUCUUAAGCAUCUCAAACAACUUCAUAAUUUCAGUUCAUUCCUUGCAUUAUUGUUGGCAAUCCAAGAGGUACCUGAAUGUCUUCUGUCCAAAAAGUCAAAACAAUCAGUCACUGCAUUUUCAUCGUAUAUGAAGCCUCCAAAUUUUGGAGAAUAUCGGCGUGACUUGGAAGCAUCUCCUCUACCAUGUCUGCCUUAUUUAGGCUUAAUAUUUCAACAACUCAUUCAUUUACAUAUUGGUAAUCCAAUUCAUCUGCCAAAAUCACCAACGACAACACUAUCUAAAAAUGAUCGUCAAAUUAUGAAAAUGAAUCAGUGA